UCCCACCACAGCUCUCCGGCUGCGCUCCGAGUCCCGCUUUGCUUCCCUUAUCGCCGCCGCCGCCGCCCCCGCCCGAUCCCCCGGCCACCCUCUGCCUCGAUAGACUCUUCGUUCCAUGGAGGGUCUCCGCCAUCAGCGAUCCCCCGGCUCUGACCGCUUCCUCGGCCUCUUCUCUCCGCCCCCGCCCGACCAACCCGCCGGGGUCGAGCUCCACGAGUCCGAUGUGCUGUGGACCUCACUCGACCCGGCGCCGUCUCUGCCGGAGACGGCGAAGCCUAGCCCUAGCACCUUCCUCUCCCUCUCCUCCCGUGGCGCUCCCCGCGGCCCGAGGGACCGGAGCUUCGGAAUCCUCGCCGCCCUACCGGAGGACGACGGGGGCUGCGUCCCCGCCGCUGCUUCCCCUCUCCUCCAACGGAAGCCAUCAAUUUCCUCCUCCUCCAACUCCCCGUCUUCCUCGGCCACCACCGCGGCGCGGAUGAUCCCCGCGAUCCCCAGGGCGAAGCCGGAGUACUCGCUCUCGGUGCCGGUGGGGAAAGUGCACCAACCGCAGUCGCUUCCGAUCAAUGUGCCCGUCGUGCCCCGGAGAACGACAGGGCUCGGGGUGGAGGGCGCCGAUGGGGCAGACGACGGAGGCGGGGACGAGCACGAGAUGAUGAUGCCGCCUCACGAGAUCGUGGCGAGGACUCACGGGAGGGGAUCGAGGAUGACAACCUUCUCGGUGCUGGAAGGGGCAGGGAGGACGCUGAAAGGAAGGGAUCUGCGGCGCGUCCGUGACGCAGUGUUGAGGCAGACGGGAUUUGUGGAUUGAUACGAAUUAAUGCAAAUGUAAUCCCGGGUGGACCACGAAGCCAUGUUUUAAGGCAGUGGUUGACUUGCAUCAGCCCAUUAGAAUAUAAAGCACGGAAGCAUCCCCCUACCCACCCUAACACCUACAAGCGAGUCGAAGAGGAAUGCUGUCUUCUUCUUGUCUCCUUCGUUGCUUUGCUCGCGCACUGACCUCCUUGUUUAAUUACGAGGACAAACAUGCCUCUCAGAAUCCGGCUAUCAAAGCUCUCUAAUUGAGGAGGAGGAGUCAAGAGAGCAUGUUUGGAACCGGAAGACACGAUGGCUGCCAUUAAGCGUUCGCUAGCUGACAUGUUCCCAUGGAAGGUAGGGACACGAGACAUUGAUGUUUGAAUUAUUGGCCUCUCGCUCUUGAUAAGAUCGAUUCUCCUGGGAAGGAGUCAUCUUUUGAUGCUCGCUCGGUGAAUGCAAGCACAUCGGACAAAGACAAGUAAGAGUGGGACUUUUAAAUCCAUUGUUCUGCCAUGUGUGAGUGAGGAUCAUGAAAUGAACCCAGAAACUUGGAUACUUUUUGUUGGGCAUAGAAAUGUUUCCUUCCGAUCACCUACUCUUUGUAUUUUCCUUGCCUUCAUGUCUAUCAUGGGGUUGUAAUAGCAUACUUUGAACCUUUCAUAUGGCAUCAUUAUCACUGAGACUUGUAUUUGA